GAGCGGGGGCGGGGGCGGUGGCCGGAGGUCUCUGCCGCGCCUCCCCCUGCUGCUGCUGCUGCAGCCGCCUCGGGUCCUCUCAGCUGGAGCCUGCUCCCAGUUACUCCUCCACCCAGCUGAUCCCGCCUGCCUCCUCCUGUGUGUUGAAACCAGUAUUGCUCACAUCACCAGUGACCAACAUUUGGCUGAGUCUCCCGGAUAUUUUCCAGUCCUUAUCUCACCAGCUUCUCUGUUACAUCACAGACAUCAUGCGACAAGAAGAGUAAUCUCUCCCCCCAUUUUGACAAUGGAAGACUCAGGGAAGACUUUCAGCUCUGAGGAGGAAGAAGCUAACUAUUGGAAAGACCUGGCUAUGACCUACAAGCAGAGGGCGGAGAAUACACAGGAGGAACUGCGAGAAUUCCAGGAGGGAAGCCGAGAAUACGAAGCUGAAUUGGAGACGCAGCUGCAGCAGAUCGAAACCAGGAACAGGGACCUGCUGUCGGAAAAUAACCGUCUCCGCAUGGAGCUGGAGACCAUCAAGGAGAAGUUUGAAACGCAGCAUUCUGAAGGCUACCGGCAGAUCUCGGCCUUGGAGGAUGACCUUGCCCAGACAAAAGCCAUUAAAGAUCAACUGCAGAAAUACAUCAGAGAGUUGGAGCAAGCCAACGACGACUUGGAAAGGGCCAAACGGGCCACCAUCAUGUCUCUGGAGGACUUUGAGCAGCGCUUGAAUCAAGCCAUUGAGAGAAAUGCCUUCCUGGAGAGCGAACUGGAUGAGAAGGAGAAUCUCCUAGAAUCUGUUCAGCGACUGAAGGAUGAAGCCAGAGAUUUGCGGCAGGAACUGGCUGUGCAGCAGAAGCAGGAGAAACCCAGGACCCCCAUGCCCAGCUCGGUGGAGGCUGAGAGGACAGACACAGCUGUGCAGGCCACUGGCUCCGUGCCGUCCACCCCCAUAGUUCACCGAGGACCCAGCUCCAGCUUGAAUACACCCGGGACGUUCAGACGUGGUCUGGAUGACUCCACGGGGGGGACCCCCCUCACACCGGCGGCCCGGAUAUCAGCCCUCAAUAUCGUGGGCGACCUGCUUCGGAAAGUGGGGGCUCUGGAGUCCAAACUUGCAUCCUGCCGGAACUUCGUGUACGAUCAGUCCCCAAACCGAACAAGUGGCCCAGGCUCAGGUCGGGGCAGCAAGAGCAGAGAUGGCGGCGACCGACGGCCAGGCAGCACCAGCGUGCCUCUGGGUGAUAAAGGGAGAGAAAAUUGGGACCCAGUGAGACCCUGCUUCUGACUUUGAUGUUCACUCUUAGAACUUUGUGGGCCCCGUGCUAGCCAGUGUCUAACAGCCGUAAUGUCCGCUUAAUUUGGUUUGCUCUGUCUGAAGGUUGGGAAAACGCCUGGAGUUUGGGAAGCCGCCUUCAAAUAUUUCCUCACCGUCGCUGCCAUCAGCCCAGGGUGUAGUCAAGAUGUUGCUUUAGGAAAUCCAUGAAGCCGAGCCCCCUGGUGUCCGUGUGGGAGUCAUUACCCUUCUUCCUUCUUUGAACUAGGUUUUUGUUUCGUUUUUGUUUUUUUUUUUUUUUGCUUUUUGGGCCACACCCUGUGGCAUAUGGAGGUGCCCAGGCUAGGUGUUGAAUCAGAGCUGUAGCUGCCGGCCUGCUGCCGCUGGAGCCACAGCAACACCAGAUCCGAGCCACAUCUGUGACCUACACCACAGCUCGUGGCAAUGCCAGAUCCUCAACCCACUGAGUGAGACCAGGGAUCACACCACGUCCUCUUGGAUACCAGUCAGAUUCGUUUCUGCUGCACCACAAUGGGAGCUCCCUAGGUUUUUGCGUUUAAAAUUUAGUUUGAGAAAUACGAGCGUGCAGUCGCACUAGCCAGCAACCAAGGUGGUCACCUGUGGCCUUUGGGUCGUCCCCACGAAGUGCUGUCUUGGAACCCCAACACCGCACACCCCCACCUCCUCAUUGGUGUGUUGCCAGUGGACGGGGACAAGCCAGACCCUCUGGAAAGGGUCAUGUGUGCUGAGGCUGCCCCAUCAUUUUCAGCUGGCCCGAGUCCUGAUUGGUCUUGAGAGGUGUUUUUAAUGUCUGGAGACACCUAUAAAGUGGGGUCUGAGCCCUUCUCAGGCUCACCUCAGCCUCCACUCAGCUGAAGCCUCUUCCAGAACAAAAUGUCUAGUGCCCUUGGCCCAGCAGAUCAUUGCACAUCUGGGAACGAAGAGUAGAACACGCGGUACCUUUUAUUUAAACUGUGGUCUGGUGUAUCUCUGAGACUUUUUAACCUGCUUCUCACUGAGGCUUUUAGAGGCAUUUUUCAGAGUAAAUUUUGUGGGGACCAGGUUGGGAAAAUGUGUCCUCUUUAGACCAAUCGUGACUCAGUUUUCCUGGGGCCCCUCGCUGGCCUGGGGGUGACCUCUGCUUCAGAACCUGGAGGGUCUCUGGGGUGUGAUGGCCUUGGUAAUGCAGCCCCAAAGCGCAGCACUUCCUUUAAAGCUGGGAGGAAAUAAUGGGGGUGACCUUCAAAAAAAGCUGAAACCAGCAUGAUUGUCCUUGGAAGCAUCCUUGGAAGAAACCAACAUAGGGUUUCCACACAGACGGCGUGGGGCUCCUUGCUUUUCGGGAACAGCCGUCUCACAUCUGGACCCAAGGAAAAGGAACGCAGGAAUUCAGGUGCCGGCCUGCCGCUUAACAGCCUCCUGUUACUAAGUUAUUUUUGCAAAGGAACAGCAGAAAUAUCCUCAAGCCUAACACAGAACUUUUCAAGUGCUGCUGAAAUUCAGCGGAGAAUUAAACUUGCCUGCCCACUUCCUUACCAACCAGCAAAAGAUGUACUUUUAUUUUUUUAAAAGAACAAUAAAAUCAAGAAAAACGGA